AUGCAAGAUCCGGGGAGCUUCACUAUUGAAUGCACCAUUGAAAAUUGCUUUGUGGAGAAUGUCUUGUGUGAUCUAAGGGCUAGCAUCAAUCUUAUGCCAUUGUCCUUCUUCAACAAGUUGAAAAUUGGUCCAUUGAAGUCCACUAGCAUUACUUUGCAAAUGGCGGAUAGAUCGGUAGCAUACCCCUCGGGCAUAGUUGAAGAUAUAUUGGUGAGGGUGAAUGACUUCAAAUUCCCCGUUGACUUUGUGGUGUUGGACAUGGAAGAUGAUAGAAUUGUACCUCUUAUUUUGGGGAGACCGUUCCUUGCCACCGGAAAAGCCAUGAUUGAUGUUUCAAAGGGAGAGCUUACACUUCGCCUUAAUGAUGAGAGUGUGACAUUUUCGAUAUAUGAGGCCUUGAAGAGGCAUGAUGUGGAACCGGGAGGAAGUCUUCAACAUUGCAAUGUUGUGACCGUGAUGGAUAAGUGUGUUGGAAGAAUGGCACCGGCCUCUUACUUGGAUGACAAUUAG